AUGCACCCAAACGAGCCUUUCAAGGUGCUGCCGUGCGCGUUGCCUUUGGCUUUGGUGCAUCAGCAGCAGCAGCGGGGAUGGGGGUGGGGCCUCCCUCUAUGGGCAAAGGGGGCAGCAGUUUUGGCAAUGGGGGUGGUGGUUGGGGGGGAGGAGGAGGAGGAGGAGGGGGAGGUGGAGGAGGAGGGGGAGGUGGAGGAGGGGGAGGAGGAGGGGGAGGGGGAGGGGGAGGAGGGGGGAGGGGAAGGUGAAGUGAAAGAGGAGGGAGGGGUGAGAGUGAAAGCAGAGGGGAUGACCGUGGAUGGUGCAGGGAUGAUGGGCGACUUUUCUGCUCCUGGUGAGAUGGCUGGCUGGUUCAUGUGGCUCGUUCCAAUUGGACGAGAAGAAGGCAAAGAAGAGAGAUACCAUGGUGGGUGGGUGGAGAACGGGGCUGAGUUUGAAGAGGAGGCUGUUUCUCGCCCUUUCAACAAAGCCGCUUCUGCUUCUUGUUCCCUCAUUCCCUCAUUCUCCUUUGCUCAUUCCCUCAUUCUCCUUUGCUCAUUCUCUCAUUCUCCUUUUCCCUCACCCCAGACCUUCGAAACGAGGCUGAACCUUCUAAACGAGGCUGAGUUUGGCGAGGAGGCUCUCUCCCGCCCUUUCAAUGAAGCUGCUGUUCCCCCAGCCAGAGAGCUAGGUUUGAACCCCCCUGCUGCUGCUGAUGCCGCUGCUUCUUCUUCUCUUGAUGACCGGAUGAUAUUUUCCCAGCUGCCCGCCGCGCUGCCCGUGCGCCGGGAGCGGGCAGCUGAGCUCGCGCCAGGCGAACCUGGGCCGUUGGAUGAGCUUUCGUCGCUGCCCGAGGGGCGGAUCGGGAAGAUUUUGGUGUAUGAUGAUGGGAGCGUGAAGAUGAAGCUUGGCGACACUCUAUUCGAUCUACUUGCAGGUUCGACCUGCAUAUUCCACCAGGAGCUAGCUGCUGUGAAUGCCUCUUUUGGCAUUGUUGGCUUGCACUCACUUCUCCCUUUCGCCCCUCUCCAAUUUGCUUCAUCACCAGUUCCUAGCUGGGUCGCCCUGCAUAUUCCACCAGGAGCUGGUGUUUGCUCCAGGCCGCUCCAGGCCGCUCCAGGCCGGUUCGCCCUGCAUAUUCCACCAGGAGCUAGCUGCUGUGAAUUCCUCGCCUAG